CUCUCAGCCUUGCUCCACGGAACCCACAAUUGACAUUAACAUUCUAUUAUCCUCUCUCUCAGCAAUGGCUAAAGUUGCUCUCUCUCCUAACAAUAUUUUCCUUUUUGCGCUGCUUUUGUCCUUCAGCUCAGGAGGAACCCUGAGACUAGUGAGCGGACAGAAAACUUGGUGUGUGGCCAAGCCUUCAUCAGAUGAUGCAACUCUCUUAGCAAACAUCAACUAUGCCUGCUCUCAGGUGGACUGCCGCAUUAUCCAAAGGGGGUGCCCUUGCUUCUUCCCAGAUAAUCUGAUUAACCAUGCUUCUGUUGCUAUGAACCUCUACUACCAGUCCAGGGGCAAGAACAGGUGGAACUGUGACUUCAAGAACUCAGCACUCAUUGUUACUACUGAUCCAAGUUAUGGUAACUGCAUUUAUAACUAGAAAGUAUGAAUGAGAAUCCCUGCAGAGGAUUAUUGAGUCCAGUUGUUUAAGCUGCUGCUUGAAUAUAAAUUUAUGUAAAUGUGAUGAAUGCGAGGGUCUUCUGUUUCAGGAACAUUCAUUCUUCCUAUGAAUUCAGUAUUUUGCAGAGAAACGAUCUAAUUUUGCAUCUAUUUUCCUUUUUUGUUGUUUCACUCUGUUUUUACUCUUGCCUCUCGGGUUGUCUUAUUUAACCCCAUAGUUACAAGGA